AUGAUGCUGGGGUGCAGACCUCGAGGCUUCCCAUUGAAAACACCAUCUGACCCCAGGGCAGGUGGUGACGGAGUGGGGGAGGCUCACCAGCUCCAUCCUCAGUCCCCGCGCUACCACCAAGCCAAGUCAUCCUUGGCCAUGGGGAUGCCGCCCACCUGCCUGGGGGAAAGGACCCAGCCUCACCCCAGAGAUAGCCAGAGGCAGGGCGCCCGCUCCCUUGGGCGAGGACCAGCCGUCAGGAAGGCCCGUGCCAAGCCCAGGCAGCGUCUGAAAGACAGGCCCCUCCCACCCGCGGCCACGGAUGGCGUCAUGGCUGCCCUGAGGCGGCCCGGGCCCGCCCAGCAGGCGGGCGCCCUGCGGGGAUCCCCCCACGUGGCCUGGUCUCAGGACAUCGAGGAGCCCCACCCCCGGAGGAGGGCCUGCGGCCGCCCGGCAUGGUCAGCAGACAAGGAGGCCAAGGAUGGGGACAGCUCGGUGUCGUCGGGACCCCUCUCUGGCUCCUCAGGGGGCCAUGAGUCGUGUACACCUCCCCACGGGCCCUGGAGGGAGAGGGGCCCCCGCGCGCUGGGGCCCCCGCGGCGGCCCAGGGAGAGCAGCCCCCGGCUGGAGCUGCUGAGGGACAAGAUCCGGGCCCAGGCGUGGCGGCAGGCAAGCUGCGCCUCCCUGGGCACCUCUACCCGCUCCAGCACCUCGCGCCUCUACAAAGCCCCCACGCCAGCCCCCCGGAGAAAGGCCCGAAAGCACACAAACCCCUCUCCAGCCCCGGCCUCCGCAGGCUCAGGCAUCCUGAGUGAGGCUGAAAGUGGAAUUGAAGACAAGGCAAUCCCUGGCCAGGGGUGUGAUCCCUCCCGGGCCUCCCAGCGCCUGGCCUCAGUUCUGCAGGAAAAAAACAAAAGGAUGAAAAGUAGUUCUUGCAAAAGAGAGAAGGCCCCCAAGCCAUCCACCCCUAGGAGACCUGCCAAAGACACAGGACACACCAAGAAGGUUGGAGUGAGUGAGAGCUCCCCUGUCCGCCCCCGGACACCUAGUCCAGCCUCUGUCCACAGUGACCCGCAGGUGUCUGCCAACACACCCAACCUGCCUUCCUGCCGUCCGCCCGUGGACAUCCAGGCUGCUAUGGCCAUCCUUCGAGACCUCCGCCAGCAAAUCCAGGUCGGGCUGGAGCUGGCCCGGGACCGCCACCCAUGGCGAGGGCUGGAGCUGCGGAACCUGAGGGGCAGAAGGCGGCAGGGCCCCUGGAGCUCCCCAGAUGUACGGGGAUCUUUCACUAAGAGCCCUCGGGCCACGACGGGGGGGAUACCCACCUCAGAGAGGGCUGGGAGCCUCCCCACUGGGCAGUGCUGGAGCACCGUGGCCAGGCGGGAGUCCUAUCCGCAGAGGGCCUGGGCGGCCCACGGACGGGACCUCUCCUUCCAGAGGCCUGGGAGCCCCACCGAAAGGCUGAACUCCUUCCCCCAGAGGCCCUGGAGCGUCUUGGCCAGGCAGGCCUCUGGUCUACAGAGGGCCUGGGCAGCCCAUGGACAGGAUCGCUCCUUUCAGAGGCCUGGGAGCCCCCAUGAGAGGUUGGGCCCCUUUCCGCAGCGGCCCUGGAGCGCCUCGGCCGGGCAGGCCUCUGGUCCGCAGAGGGCCUGGGCCACUUGUGAAGGCCUGGAGGCCCCUACCCGAAGACCAUGGAACUCUUUGGAAAGGCUGAGCCCUCCCACCUGGCGGCCCUGGAGCACCUCCUUCACGCAGGAGGCCAGCCCCCUGUGCAGGGCCAGAGGCUCCCUGCUGCCCUCCUCGGGGGCGAAGCUGGCCUGGCCAAGGCCUAGCCAGGGUGCCGUUUGGAACACACCUGGGAAAGAGAAAGAGGGGCGGCCACCCCCGCCCUGCCCAAAGCCCCGGGGGCCCCUGGGCCCUCCCCACAGCUCUGAAUCCCUGCGAGAGUUCAUGCGCCAGAAGACGGUGGCCUGGCGGCGGCAAGCCCUGGAGGAGAAGGCUUCGGCCAUGCGUGCACUGGAGCUGAGAAACCAGAGGCUGCAGGACAUCUACAGGAAGCAGAGGGAGGCUGUUCUGUGCAAAGCGGUCCCUGUGGUCUCCCAGACAACCCCUGGCAUCGUGACCUUUGUCCCUCAUUCUGCACAGUCCAGGGGCCUGGAAGCCUCCGAGAGCCCAGGGUCGCCUGUGCUGGAGUGGAGCAAGGUGACUUCCGGCAUGGUGCUGGGGGACCAGGAGGCCCCAGGCAGCUUCUGCCUGUGUUUGAACAGAGCCUUGAACCCUGCCGAGACUCGAAAGUCAAGAGGCCCCAGAGCUGGCUGGGAGGGCGCCCCCCUGCUCAUGUCCGCCCGGUCCUCCCAGGGCCCCCUGAAGCUCCAGGACCUGACCACCCCCUGCCCGCGCCCGGGGCUGUGUAUCUACCUGGACCCCGAGGAGUCCGAGCGCCUGGGCAUGGCGGGCCCCCUGCACUUCCGGUACAAGGAGGCCCGACUGCAGGCCCUGGAGACCAUGGCCAACAUCCUGAAGCAGCGGAUUGACAUCCUGACUGACAAGCUGCGUAGGUCCGAGGCCGUGGACACUCUGGGGGACGCGGUCCCGGACCCGCACCCCUGGAGCUCCAGCACCCCCGCCUGCCCCGGAGCCUUGGUGGCCAACGUGGGCGGAGGGGCGCCCUGGGACUGGACGAGCACGCAGGCCAGGCCUCUUCUCUCCACCACCUCCUUCCCGGACGGUGAGACGCCGUCCUGGAGCCCUGGCUGGGAGCAGCAGCAGCAGGACGUGAGCCCAAGGGGCCACCAUGCCAGCAGGCCCCGAGGUUUCGUGGAGGAUGGACGUUUGGACCUGGGCAAGAAGCUGGCAAGAAACAUGGCUCCCUUCCAGGCCCUCAGCCCCCUCGCAGGGAGCUCACGAGGGGCGCCAGCCAUGCCAGAUCCCUGCUGCGGCUCCCAGAGGCUGGAGGAGAUGCGGUCAGCCAGAGGGGUGGGCUUGGUCACGCCCUGGACCACCCGGAGCUGCGGUCUGCUGUCUGACAUCCAGCAGAAGUCCCUGAGCUUCCUCGAGUCACUGAAGCUGGACCAGCAGAAGCAGGAGCAGGCACUGGCCCUUCUGCGCCGACAGGCGGAGCUGGAGGUCUGGGAGACGCAGAAGGCCCUGGAGGAGCUGCUCUUCAAACAUCGGCUGGAGCGGCUGAUGGAGAAACACUCGACCCAGGCCAGGCCAGAAGUGGCUUUGGAGCUGGAGCGGCCGCAGGUGCAUGCGGACCUGGAGCUGAUGACCUCUCAGAGCACCAUGACAGCCAGACCCAGCUCACACCCACACCUGGGCGGAGAUGCUGCCACUGUGCCCUCCCCGAGUCCCAAGAGGGGACAGAAGACUCAGGGAGACGAGCCAGCAGACGCAGAGCCUGUACAGGAAGGAAGACCAGGCCAGACCCCCUCCCAGCUGCCCCCGGCCAGGCUCUACUCUUGGGACGGCCCUAUCCUCCAGAUGCUUGAGCAGAACAUGCGGGAAGAGGAGCUGCGCGCUCAGCACCAGGCCGCGCUGCUGAGCCUGCGCGAGAAGGCGCUCGAAGAGAAGAUGCGCGCAGAGCUGGCCUGGCUGGAGCAUCAGCGAGGGUAUCUGGGCAGCACGGGCAGCUAUGCAGCGCUGGUGGCCUUGGCGGAGAAGCAGCACCAGGCCCUCAGCAACCUUGAGCGGGAGCAGAGGGAAAUACGGUACCUGCGGAACACCCACCUGUUCUCGCACCAAGAGCGGAAACUGCUCCUGCAACAUCAGAAGGACAUCCUCGCUCUGCAGAUGUCCACCGCCCUCUUGCAGCAGGAGCUUCAGACCCAGAGCAGGCUGCCUCAGAAUUCCAGCCUCGAAGUCAAGGCCACUUGGGCAGAGGGUGCUGAGACAAGCCAGCAGCCAGGGGGGCCUGCACAGGGCUCCUCGUGCCCCCCUUCCCCCACAACACCACACAGGUCUGGCAUCCCCGCCACCCACCGCCCCUGGAGGAGCCCUGAGAAGCCGCAGGUCCCACACCUACUCACCGAGCAGCAGGACAGCACAGCCCCCCAGGUGGCUUUGGCUGGGGACGGUCACCUGCAACCUCCGAGGCUGGCGUGGGGAGAGGACGCACCCUCAGCCAGCUGCUGGCCUGAUGUGGGAGACCGGCUGGGGGAGAGCCGAGGCCUUACGGGCCAAGGUAACCGGGCGGGCAGCAGCAGUGGCAGCGGAGGGCAGACGGUCACCCCUCAGGGCAGCAACAGACUCGAGGUCAGACAGGCCUGCGUCCCGCGUGCCUGGCCCGAGCUGUGCGAUGGGGGCGGCCCUGGCCUCUCUGUCGCUGUGUCUGAGCGCACGGUGGUCCCAGGGGAGGGCCACCCGAGUGCAUCUCAGCCAACAUUUCCAGACAAUGGGGGCGGGAUGGCAGGCCCCCUCGGUCUCUCCUCCUGUACAACGAGCGGGAGCCGGAGGAGCAGCCUCAUGCCCCUCUGCCCGGUCUUCAGCAGGCGGCCUCCCUGGACACAGGCGGGCGAGGCGGAAGGGAGCUUCUCUGCCGCUCAGCUCCAGUUCCAGCUGGUGAAGGAGCCGCCCCCGGGUAAGUCCCUGCAAACAGCUCACAGGCCCCCCACCUUUACCGUGUGGGCCUUACCAGAAGCUCCCGCAGUCCUACUCAUUCCUGGCUCUGGGGAGCCCCGGUGGCAUGUUGGGGACAGUGGGAUGGACAGCCAGGGGAGUCAUGUGGCCCCGCCUUGUCUCAGUGCCCGAGAUGCCACCUCAGAGCCUGCCCUCCGGCCGUGUGUCCAAGCCUUGUGUUCAGAAGCCCCUCUCAACGUUUACCCUCAGGAGCGGGAAGGAGAUGGUUCAGACCAGCCAAUCUGCGGGACUGGGGGCUCCCUGCAGUCGGGGCCUGGGAGAGUGGACCUCGGGAUGGGAGACCCCCAGACCAACCCCAGCCCCUGGUCAGCAGAGGAGGAGACGGCUCUGAUGGAAAGCCACGCACCGAGCUCCCGGGACAAAAGCCAGCACUCCCCAGGCGCAGGGAGUCCCCGUGGCCCCUGUGAAGCCAGCGUUAGUCGAGGCUUGGCCCUGUACCCUCUGCAGGCUGAGGGGGUGGCUGAAGGCAGCAGGAGCCCAGUGGGGUCAGAAUCAGGGCUGGAUUUUGCCAGCAGCCCCGUGGGGGAGCCCCACGCAAUGGAAAGCUGGUCAAGGGAGCAGAGGGUAGAGACCUGCUGGCAGGAGGACCCCCUUGGCCCCUUCUCCUGGCAGGAGGCUUCCCAGCUGACUGCCUCUCCAGCAGCAGCAGCAGCUGAGGCAGUGGCACCACCUGCCCAGCCUGAGGGCAGCCCCCUGGCCCAGAUCUCGGACCCCCUGGACCUGAGCUCCGAAUCCGAGGCUGCUCCCAGGACCUGCUCCGGGUCUUCGGCACGGUCCCCUACCUCCCCCUCCGGGAGUAGCCUGUCCUGCCCCUCUCUCCAGGAGUUUCAGAAGGCAUCCGCCAUCCUGAUCCAGCUUUCUGAGAGCUCUGUCUCCCUGUCGGACUGGGAAGCAGGGGACACUCGGGACGCAGACUUCGCGCGGGUCCUACACUGUGGCCGGUGGCGCAGCGCCAGCAGGCCUCCUGAGGGCGGACUGGCUGCUGCCUCUCCUCCAUGCCCCCUCUCCAAGGUCAGGGUCACAGCUGUCAGAGGCAUCCAGAGAGGUCUGGGACCUGGAGAGCCUGCAGGAACCUGGCCCUGGUGUGGAGCCAGUCCCGGGGCACCCUCCCUUGCAGGGGGCUCGUCCAGCCCGGAACCCAGUCUCUACCCAGCUCCGUUCCUGGGCCCUGGGGAGGGGCAGGAAGAUUCUGGAACCAAUAGGAGCCUGACCAGUGGAUCAAACACAGGAAAAACCAAACGGAAAUUCCCAGAGGCUGCCUGCACUGCACUCCCACCCCAAACCUCUUCCUCUGGUGACUUAUGCUCAUCUCUUUCUUUUCUCUCAGGGACCUCAGCCUCCGAAGGGGGGGAUUUUGGCAGAGGAAGAGAGACUGGGCCUCUGCAGGUCUUGGCUGGCCAUCCAGAGGAGCCCUGGGGUGUUGACCCGAGUCCAUCUGCUGACAGGAAACCCCUAGAGGCCUCUCCAGAGCCUGACCCCAGGAGCCCACAGGCUCCUCCUGGGGACCCCAGCGGGCUGGCAGCCCCAAGAGCCGAGAGCCAGGCACCUAGGUUUGUGGGGAGCAGAGCCCCCCCUGCCCUGGAGGAAGUCUGCCCUCCCGUGGCUGGUGGGGUCUUGCCAGAGGUCCUGUCCCCCACUGAUGAGGUGCUGUCCUAUGGUAGUGCCACCCUCCCGCCCUCCACCCACAGGGACACCUGCCUCCCUCCUCUGCCUCCCAACGUCCUAGCGGAGCGUGAGGCCGACCCUGCCCAUCCCCACUCAGAAGGCUUUCCUUCCCUGCCUGAAGACACCUGGUCUCCUUGGGGUGCACUGGGUGCCCCAGGGGAAGAUGCCUCCAUCCUCACCGGAGAGUUGCCUUCCUUGUCGGAGGAGGGACUGCCUGCGGCACUGUCCCUGGGGCCCCAGGAGUCAGGGCUCUGCCUGGGGGUGGCUGGACAGGGCAGAAACUGUGGGGACGAACUGGGAGAAUCAAGUUCUAUUGGAGGUCACCAGGCCAUGGGUGGCCAGUGGGCCGAACCAGUUGGCUGGCUAGGGUCCCCUUUGUGUGGGGGAGCAGGUGAUACCCCAGUGGGGCUCCCAAGGCUCUCAGUGCAGCCCCCAACCCUGUCCAGCGUGGGCUGUGUGACUGGGGAGAGUCUGCCCACGCUACUGGCAGCUGGCGACACAGGGCUGUAUGGCUCCAGGCUGGGGCACCCAGCCCCUACUUUGGGCUCAGGCCCUUGCACUGACACCCCUGGUAUGGAGAGAGCCGAGGUGGUAGAUUUGGUCUCUACCCAGCUCACCAGAAGGAUCCUGUGCGACUCACUAGCUGUGCUCUCAGAGCCAGCCCCUCCAGGCAGCCUGGGGACAGAGGAGCCGGCGGGUGCCAGCCGUGUCACCCAGUCUCACACAGCGGCCACUGGGCAGUCGUGGGGAAGACGGGACUCCUGAGGAGACGAAGGAGGGACUGUGGUGACACACAGACACAUAUGAUACCCUCAUGUGACUGUAUGCAAGAGGCUUCAGGAAGCCUGGACCUGCCCCGGGCCGGGCUGCCACACGGAGGAGUCCCCUGGGGGUGGGCACCGGACGCAGGGCCGAGAACUGGACGUCAACUGCGGAUUGCCUCUGUCUGCAUUUCUCUGGACGUUGGGUCCACUGCUUCUCUCAGGCUCCUGAGGAGCCCCCAGAGGCCCCGACCCAAAGAGGUUAAGGUGAGAGGAUGUGCGGGGCGUGUGCAGAGCUGGCUGGUCAGGAGGAGGAGCGGAGGCCAUGGACUUGAGGGAGUCAGUCCCCAGGAGCCAGGACCAGGAGCAGCUCCCGGGGUGAACUCGGAGACCACGUGCCAGGAAGGAGUGCCGUGGGCCUCAGCACAGGCCAAGAGGAAAAGAGAGAGCGGCUUGCUGGGGGUGGUGAGGCCAGGAGCUGAGGCUGGGCAUCACACCUGCACUGACGCCACUCAGCUUUGACUAAUUAGGAUAUCAUCUGCCCCCACUUCUGACUUCUAAAGGCAGGGACCUGGGUGCCUUCAUGUGUCCAGCCGACUGCUUGUGGCUGGGAGAUGGGCGUGUGUGUCCCCCGUGGGCCCAAGUUGUGCAGAUUAGGGGAGGUGGCAGCUCAGGGGCAGAAGGUCACUUUGCCUCAGCCAGCCAACCCUCCAGCCUGUCCUCUGGGGGUGGGUGGGCCACAGCUUCCCUGUAUGUGCUCAGGUCCCCUCCCAGAAGAAAUGAGAGCCCAUUUCCUGGUGGGCCAUCCACUAGUGAAGGAGCCCUUCACGACACAGCAAGGGCCACAGCCCCUGCACCAUGCACUUCUGCAGGGGCGACCAGAGGGCCACACAGGCCUCCAGGUGUCCCGUUACAUGAGCGCCUGCUUCUCUCAGAACCCGAAGCCAGGUGGGCAUCCAGGAAGUCAGUGCUGAUUCAAGCGUAAAGAGGACUUCCCGUGAGACGUGAGGAUGAAGUGAGGCUGCCAGAUGCAGGCCCUCGGGGACGGGGACUCAGCAGGCUGGGCAGGGUGGCCCUGGGGCCAGCUCAGUGUGAACUGGGACAGCUGGCCUUCGAGGGCCUGAAGGACAGGGCACUGCAGCAGUGACCUCUACCCGCAGCAGCCACCCUGCAAGCCAAAAUGGGCUCUGACUGGGUCCCUGCAGCCCACCCUUCCCCCAGAGCAGCCCUGCAGCCACAGCCACCACCGUGGGAGAGCACAGACUCGGAUGGCGGCAGGCCCCCGUGUCCGGUCUGCCCGCUCCCAAGCUCUGUCUGGGGGCCACAGUGGGCACGUGAGCCCCGUCUUCCCCAGGAUGGUCAGAAAGCUGGGCGGCGUGUGUGUGUUGGUUUCAACACGAGAGCACGUCUGAGCUCGUGCUCCAGGGCGCCCACUAGACACCGUUGAAGCUUCUUCUCAAUGUACUUGCUUUGCACAGCAGACGUCUCCAGAUUGGGGUAGGGUAUGUGUGUGUGUCACUGCGAUACUUUCAAUAUUUUUGUCCUGCACUUGGAGAAGUAGCUUUUAAAUGAGGGCAACAGUCAGUUCUUUUAUAAAGGAAAGCAGCUUUCAAAUCUGCUUCUAAUGUGGCUAGGGUUUCUGAGAUGGGGCUCACUUAUACUGUGCUUGGAUCUCUCGGAAAUUCCUUUCCAAAUCCCACAGUCAUACUUACCUAUCUAUCGUCUGUUUAGUCCUCUCUCAUCCAUCUGUAGCAUCUAUUUAUCAUUUAGAUCAUCUAUCAAUCAUCUGUCUACAUCAACUGUCUAUAAUCCACCCACCCAUCCAUCUCCAAUUCCCUCUCAAAUUGGAAAAUACCUGCUUGACAUGUUGUCCAGAAUUGAGUGAACAGACUGUUGGCCUUAGAAGGUCGGUGUCCUGGUGCUGAUCCCUCCGGGACUCAGCUUCUCCAGCUUUAAGAGAGGAACUCUUCAUUUAACUACAUUUAUGGAUCCUUAGGGACACCCAGACUUUCACACGAUUGUCGUUUAGAGUGGGAGGCGUCUCCAGAGCUGGCCUGGCAAAGCCCCAUGGUGCUACCUGUGCCCCGUACCCUUUGGCUCUGGUAAGGGACCCCUCAGACCCCUCAGAACACUGCAGAGCCCCACAUGCAGGCAGGAGCCCCCUCUGCCACCCUUCACCAGACUCCAGCCUCUGGGGCAGUCGCUCAGGUCCACGUGGACCCGCUCACCAUCCUGGCCUCCAUCACACCCCAACUAAUCGUGAACAGGGUCACGGUUCAGGGAAGCACCGGCUGAGACAAUUCAAAUUGAUUUUACACCUGACAUUUCCAAACCCAGCUCAGAGUGCAAAGAGGUGUGGCUCUGUGGGGGAAGAUGUGUUCCUUCCCCAUGUACACAAUUUCAAGACAAAUUUUGAGCUACAGCUUUCUUAUUGAUUUCCUCCUGGAUUUCUGAACAAAUUAGUCUGCAAUUUUUUAUUUUUUUCCUACUUAUUGCUGCCCCUUUGGGAUUUACGAGGCCGUGGGAGAGGAAUUAUGUGUUUUACACACACGCGUUUGGCAUGGUAAUAAAUCUCCCACAUCGAAACCCUGCAGAUUUGCCGCAGAUCCUAUGGUGUCCAGGCCAGUGCUCGCUGGGGGUGGAUGCCGGUGGCUCUGUGUAACGUGCGGCCGUGCCUGUGGCCGGGACCAGGGCCUCCCCGGGUGAACUUCCCCGGCGCCCAGCUUGCCACGGUGUCCCUGGAGUUGUUUCUCGGCCUGUGGCCCCUUGCCCCUGAAGGGAGGCUGGUCAGGAGAACUAAUGGAAACCCUGGCCUCACCUCUUGUGACAGCUGGAUCUGAGGGAGCCUGGGGCUAUGAGAUGGCCCGAGGAGGCAGAGUGUGUCCCCGGAGGUAAUGGGCACGUUUCAUCUCAGCCAGCAUCACAUGAGUGGAGCUGAGGGCUUUGGCAUUCAGAUAUAUUGACCUGGGGCAAGACUUCAAUUUCAAGAUUACUCCCUCCAAGGUCUCCCCGCGCUUGCCUUGGCUCCAAUCCCUGUAACCUCUUGGGCCAAUAAAUCUCGAUACCAGCCUCCAGAGAAGUCA